UCGAAAAAAAACAAUUUAAUUUGGAAAAGGAAAAGGUGGGGGAAUAAUUGGACCAAAGCAGUAAGAACAGAAGCCCAUUGACGAACAAACAAACGACAACCUGCGGCCGCAUUCGAAUGAACAACGUUAAUGGAAGAAAAUACAGUAGUCCAAGAAUCCGACGACGAACAAGAUAUCUGGAGCUGGGGCGCCGGCACCGACGGUCAGCUAGCGACGGGGAUCCUUCAAGAUGAGCACACCCCACAGCUCCUCCGCCCCCUCUCCUCGUCUCUCGGCCUCGUCACUUCUCUCUCUUGCGGCGGCGCCCACGUCAUCGCCCUCUCCUCCGGUGGAAGAGUGCUGACGUGGGGGAGGGGCACUUCUGGUCAAUUGGGCCACGGCGAGAUGGUCAACUGUCUGCACCCCAAAUUGGUCAACGCUUUUCAAGACUCUGUUGUUACUCAUGUUUCUGCUGGCUGGAAUCACUCUGGCUUUGUCUUAGAGAAUGGUGCUGUAUUCACGUGUGGAGAUGGUUCGUUCGGUCAACUCGGUCAUGGUGAUUACAAAUCACAAAAUCUUCCUCUCCGAGUCUCGUAUUUUGUUUCUAAGCGCGUUGAGCAAGUCGCUUGUGGGAUGCGGCAUUCGUUAGUUUUGCUCAAAGUGCACGGUGCAGGUAAUUCGGAAAAUCGGGUUUACGGAUUUGGAUUGGGAAAACGCGGUCAACUCGGUAUAUCUACCGAAAAAGUAAAGUCAACUAGCCUUCCUCAGAUCACCAUAGGGUUGACAAAUCUUGAAAUCGUCAAUAUCAGUGCAAAUGGAGAUCAUAGUGCAGCGUUAACUGCCGAUGGAAGUCUCUACACAUGGGGAAGAGGAUUUAGCUGUGCUUCAGAUGAAAGUAUUCCUCGUCUUUUCGAAGCAGCUGUUACAGUCGAUGAGGUUGCUCUAGGAUGGAACCAUGCCUUACUAUUAACAAAUGAAAGGGAGCUGCUCAUGCUUGGUGGUGAUCGGCAUGGAGCUCUAGGUGAUCCUCGUACAAAAUCGUCGUUGAGUUAUAUAUCAGGAAAAUCGAAGGAAGAAAUCAUGCCGAUUAUCGAAAAGAAGGUGCUGCAGAUUGCUGCAGGAGCAGAACACUCUGUCUUGGUAACAGAUAAUGGAUUAAUAAUGACAUGGGGUUGGGGAGAACAUGGUCAACUUGGCUUAGGUGGUACAGAUGAUCAGGUUUCACCUCAGGUGGUGAGUUUAGGCAAUACAUCGGCUACUAAACACGCCGCUUGUAGAGUGUUUUGUGGCAGUGGAUUUUCUUUCGUUUUGAGGAAUUGUUCUCAAACGAGAGAAACGAAAUAGAGAAUUUGAGGGUCAUUUUGAUCAAUAUUUACAACCCACACACCAGCCUCGGUUCAAGAUUAUGGCCUCGUGCGAAAUUUUCUUGAAUUGGCUGAUGCAAAUUACUGCAGCCGUAGCACAGUAUCCCGACCAUUUUCACGAUACAGCAUAAAUAAGGUAAAAAUCAAAAUAUUUUCGGACGAUAAAUGCAAGAAAAACACGAGAAUGGGAACACACUCAGUUUUUUGUGACUGAACAUAAUUUUGUUACUGCUUCCUCUGUUUCUAUUUAAAACUGAUUUGUAACACAUUCUUUAGAUAUGCACAAUUUGAACCUAACUCCUGUUUUUAUUAACUCAGAGUAUUUUCGUCUCUUU